AUGCUAUUUUUUAUUUUUAUUGUACAAAUGUAUUCAUCUAUUGCUACUUUUUCCGUUUACAAUUCAUACUGGGGACAUUUUAAAAAAAUAUGCAUAAACGUAACUGACAUUAAACAUAAACUUCUAUUUUUAAAAAUUGAUGGGCCUAAAGAUGAAUAUGGAGAGACAAUCUCUUACAAUAUAGUAGGUAUGAAAAAUUUAUUGAAUGGUACUUUAUAUUUUAAUGUAUCUCUUCCUAUACUGAAAUAUGAAUACAAAUAUUAUUUUUAUUACACAGAUGAAUUCAACUAUACAAAAUACACUACAGAAGUUAAAAGUUUAGAAGAUUCAUUAAAAAAAGGAAAAAUAUCUUUAGAAUUUAAAGAAUAA